AGCCCGCGCUCCCCUGGGGCCGCGCUCGGCCGGUGCCCGCCCGACCGUGCCGUGGCCAGCGCCCCCUGCGCCUGCCCAGCCCUCAGCGCCUCUUCCCGACCUAUGGCCACCGCGGACCUUCACCUAGCCGGGGCCCUCGGGCUGUGCCGGGACGCCUCCCCGCUCCUGGCCAUCGGUACCGCCGGCCGGGCGGCGUGGGAAGCUGGUGUUGGGGGGACGGUGCGAGGACAUCCCGCAGUGGGACUCGGCCGAGCGCGUCAUCGCCUGACCCUAAGGAGCUGCCUGUGCCGCGCUGGGUGGCGGCUGCGCCCCAGGCCCACCUUACGCUGAAGGGAGAUGAUGCCCUCCUUGUCCACGUCCCCCAUGCGCUGAAGGGCCUCCUGGAGGGGGACGUCAGCUGCCAGGCCCUGCCCAGCAGGAACCCCCGAGUCAAGUACUCCCACCCACCCUACGCUGCGGCUGGCAGCUCCCCCGCCGUGCGGGCCCAAUUCUUCCCCGUGGACGCGUCUUUGUGGGCCUGAGCCCCUCGUCAGCUUUAAGACCUUUGGGAUCCGCUGCGGGGCACCUGCUGUGCACCGCCCCAGCCCCCUGCAGAUGCGGACUGCGUGGGCCCUCGCGACUGCCCGGGGCUCAUGUGCCCCCAGACCCCAGCACUGAGGGGGGGUGGGCAGCAGCCCAGGAACGACUCGGUGUUGACUUUCUAUCACGGGAGGAACCCUGGGCACCGAUCCUCCAGGAAAUGCCCACCGCCAUUUCUGUAGCCGGUCCUCCUGCACGCCCCAGUUAAGACGCCCAGAUGUGCCCAUGGGUUGAAUGGGAGCCAAGGCACGGCCACGCCGCCGGGAUCCGCAGGGAGACCGCACGGGCGCUGCGUCUGGGCAGCAGGGGAUGAUGCACCGGCCCCAAAAGACACACACAUUUUUUAAACGGAAAAAAAAUUCUCUUGGAUACAACAGAGAAACUCCAAGGACACAGGAAAGCACAGGUGAGGCACUGUCAGAGUAAGUCCUGUUGGGAGCACCAGGCGCGGAUUCAUCCGGCCCGCCGGCUCCACUCCCUGGCCGGGGCUGUCACACACGCGGAGAACCCAGGGAGCAGACGCGCUCCCCGCCCUCAAGCUCCAUCCCCGCGAGGGAGCAAAUACGAAGUCCUACCUCGGUGUCUGAGUAAGACUGAAAACUUGAGUUAAACAGCUACUGAACCUUACAGUGUGACAAACAGAGGGCCCUCGUGGUGGCCCAGGUUGGUGAAAGGGUUUGGGUGUGAGGUAAUCAGGCAGGGAGAGCGCCGCGUUGAUCAACCAACCUCAGGAAGGCGGAGGCAGGGAAAGGGCCUGGCCCAGGCGCUCAGGCGGGCAAGGUCUGGCGCGAUUGGCCACACAGCAGCUGCUGCCUCUCCUCUGCAGAGAUGGUCGUGCUGUGCUGGGCGCUGGAGUCUGGCCCUCCUUUCCCACCGUGGGCCAGGGCAGCGGCUCCGGCAUUCAGUCCUCUCGCAGAGCUGGCGCACCUCCUGCACCUGUGACUUCACCAGCUGAAUGUGAUUCCUGGCGGUGACCGAGGCCUGGUCUGCUCCUGCCAGAAGACGGGACAAUGGCACUAAGCAGCCAGCAGGGCAGAAGAUUUUUCCCUUGGAGAACUACUGCUGUAUUUAAGGGUGGAAGACUCCACUGGAUUCACAUCUACAUUUAGAGGUGAUACUGAAGCACAGCUCUUGUUUCAACACUGCCCUAGCCCAGCCUGGCAUCUGUGCUAUGCUGGCUUCAGUGACUCGGCUUGCUGCCACUCUCUGCACACUGACCUUGACAGCCUACCUUCUACUGGUCUGAUCUACAAAGAUGUGCAUUUUUUCCUACUGUGCAAAUAAAAUGUUGCUUAAUUUCCAAUAAAGUUAGUCAUACUGGGUGUUAUCAA